UUAAGGAUGCAGUCAGCACUCUGGUUCAUUUGCAGGCAAGGUUUCCGGAGCUCUGCCAUUAAAACGCAAGGCUUCAGGAGCUUCGCCAGCAAAGUGACCUACCACGCGGAUCCGCCAUGCCAACCUGCCGACCCUUUGUGCCAUCAUGUUCCAAGCGGCAGAUGCGUGGGGGCCAGGGAGGUGCUAGCUCUCAAGCUGCCGCAUGAGAAGUUGUUGCAGCAGGAACGCGAGCAGGAGAAGGAGAGGAAGUGCUGUGUGCUGCGAUCGGCGGCCAAAAAUCCCUGCCCAGAAAUAAGGCGACCCGAAGCCCCCAAGCCGGAGGAGAAGCCAUUUCGCUCGAUGUGGGAGCCACCUUGCCGGGCGGACGAGCAGCCGUUCUGCAAGGAAAUGCUGCCUCGCUUCGACGCGAUGUACUACCAUCCUUCGAAGAAGUGCCGCUGCUACCAACGCACCUGGGUGGAGUGUGCACCCGUUAAGCGGCGCCUAAAGAAGGUUUGCUGCCUAGACGCCAUCGAUCCGCCAGAGAUUCUGUACCGAAUCAGGCCGCCCUGCCCGGGAACUUGCGCAAUCAACUAUAAGGCCAGAAGGCUGCUCUGCGAGGAAGGGGACUUGGAGCGGGAUCCAAUGAUGAGGUGUCGCAAAUUCUUUCACCCCUGUUGCAAGCUGGCUCGCUGCAAUCCUCGUUGCACCAGAGGCAGAAAGCCCACCAAGUGCACCAGACUACGUGCUCCAUAUCGCGCUUUCUCAGAAAUAGGAAGGUGGAAGAGACCGUUGCGGAAAAGGGAGUGCCUUUGCCUGGAGACCAUACCCAAAUGUAUAGCUCUUAGGGAAAGAAUGAGACGCGGUUCUUGAGUGAUUGUUCUUAACUAAAUCUGAAAGAAUGGAAGCGGAGGGUCUGCCUUUUAAAACGAAGCAAUAGA